AUGAGAGAUAGGUUGGUAGUUGGUGCAGCCCCAAGCUCCAUUAUUAGAGUUACCUCCAGUGGGUGGACUGAUUCAUCUUUAUUCAUUGAAUUGUUAAAACAUUUUGUAGCUGUGACUCAUGCAUCUAAAAUUAAUGAGCAAUUAAUUGUAAUUAAUGGUGUCCGUCUCACAAUUCUUCCACCUCAUUGUACACACAAGAUGCAACCUUUAGAUCGUACAUUUUUUAAAUCAUUAAAAGUUAGCUACAAUACAGCAGCAAGCAGUUGGAUGUUAUCCAAUCAGGGGCGUAGAACUUCAUUUUUUGACAUGGUGGGUAUUUUUGCAACUGCUUAUAACUUUACUGCUAACAUUGACAAAGCAAUCAAUGGGUUUAGAUACACUGGUUUAUAUUCAAUAAAUGAGUUUUACUAA